AUGAAGUUCCUCGCUUGCUUUUUGAUCUUAGCAGCUUGCGUUUUUUUUGAGCAAACUGCAGCUCAGUGCCGGAGUCAACCAGCACGCACCGCAUGUAGUGGGGGCCGUGAUAGCGGAGUUGGUGGCAGACAAUGUGUACCUGGCAAAAGAUGGGCGUUCAGUACGGCGGCUAGAUUAUGUUUUAGUUUUGACUAUCUGGGUUGUGGUGGUAAUGAUAACCGUUACUGCUCAUUUUCAGACUGCCAGUCCGCUUGUGGACGGCGUGUCGCGCUUCUCAACGCAAAGUUGCCAAAAACGAUGGCUUACGCUAUGAAAUCGGUAAUAUUUUUCUGCUUCUUCCUGAUUGUGUUCAGCCUUAACGCUUACGCCCAGCAGUGUGGACCGCUCAAUUCUCCGACAUGCGGUGGAUCAGCUGACCCGGGCUACGGUGGUGGCGGCUGUAAUGAGGGCGUCAGAUGGUAUUACAAUGGCGGAUCAAGACGUUGUGAAUCAUUCUACUAUUGGGGUUGUGCUGGCAAUUCGAAUCGUUAUUGUACCCAAUUUGCGUGCCAGCAACGUUGUGAAAUAUUUUGA